AUGGCGCUCCCCAAGGCUCCCAUCCUCUUCACCAAGCCGCGCACCGCGCUGGCCGACCCCUACCCGGCCGUGAUCCCCAUCCCCAAAGCCGCGCAGGAUGGCACCUCGGACUACGAGGCCGAGCUGUGCGUGGUGAUUGGUAAGACUGGGCGAGACAUCCCCGAGGACAAGGCCCUCGACUACGUGCUGGGAUAUACCUGCAGCAACGACGUCUCGGCGCGGACCAUGCAGAUGUUGACCACCCAAUGGUCCUUCUCUAAGGGGUUGGAUGGAAGCUGUCCGCUGGGACCCGUGCUGGUGACCAAGGACGCGAUCGCCGACCCGCAGAGCCUGAAGAUCAAAGCGAUAUACAACGGACAGGUCGUGCAGGACGGGAACACAAAAGACAUGAUCUUCCCCAUCGCCAAGCAGAUCAGCUACCUCUCGCAAGGCACGACGCUGGAAGCCGGCACCAUCUUCCUGACCGGCACGCCCGCGGGCAUUGGCUUCUUCCGCAACCCGCGCGUGGUCCUCGAGCACGGCGGCGACAUCCGCGUCGAGAUCGAGAAGAUUGGCACCCUGGUCAACAAGGUGCGGUAUGAGGAGUGGUGA